AGGAAGGGGGCGGGACUGGGAGAAGCCCCCAGUCUACUCUGCAGACUGAGGCCGCAGGGGCCGCUGGGGGCUCCUCCCGGGGCCUGUGCGCGUGCGUGCGCCCGAGGCUCGCCUUGGCCUUUAGGAGACCCAGAGGGGCGGCGGCGUCGGCGUUUAAUAGGCGGGUGUGGUCACGGCUUCUUAGUUCCGGCGUGAUUACCCACGCCGCCUCUUUCCGCCCGCGAGGCCCGAGACCUCCGUGGCUCCUGUCGGAACUGGCGCCUGGGUGUGAGUGAACAGAGUGCCGGCUGGAAGCUGUGCCCGCAGGUACCAGAAUGUUGGCUUUGUAUCUGAAGCUCCUGGAACUGUUCUCUUACUGAGAUAGAACUUGGUUCAAAUCACAUUGCAUAUAUAUAGUACACAUGUCCUUCACCCAAGAAUUAUUAGAAUCCUCUAGUAAAACAAAUUGGAACUAUAGUGGGAGUUCUGUCUGGGAAGAUGCAGCCUCUGAACAAGUUGAUGGCUAUCUCAAAACCUCAAAGCCUGACUCUACAUGAACAAAGUGAGGCCCUGAAAGCACAUGUGUCUUGGCAGCAGGAAUCCAUCCCAGUCAUGGAAACAUGUGACUCUGAGGCAUCUCGUCAAAAGUUCAGACAUUUCCAGUAUUUGGAUGUGUCUGGGCCUCAUGAAGCCCUGUGCCAACUCUGGAAGCUCUGUCUUCAGUGGCUGAAACCAGAAGUUCAUACAAAGCAACAGAUCCUAGAGCUGUUGGUGCUGGAACAAUUUCUGACAAUUCUCCCUGAAGACAUUAGGACUUGGGUGAAUUUACAACAUCCAAAGAACAGCAAGGAAGUGGUGACCCUCAUAGAGGAUGUGAUUGGAAUGCUUAAAGAUGAAGAGACACCCUGCAAGGAAUCUGUCCCGCUCCAGAAGGGGAGCAUCAAGGAGAAAAUGGAAGCUGACUCACUGACUAGCAAUUCCCAGGAACCAAUAUCAUUCAAAGAUGUGAUUGUGGAAUUCAGCAAGGAAGAGUGGGGACAACUGGACCCUGCUGUAAAGAACCUGUACAGGGACGUGAUGCUGGAGAACUAUAGGAACCUGAAUUCAUUGCAUCAAGAACAUGUAUUUUCCAAACCAGUUGAGCUCUCUGAGUUGGAAAGUAAGGACAGAAGAUGGAUAAUAGAGCAAGAAAUCCCAAGCACAUCUUUUUUUGACAGAGAGGUAAUUUCAGAAAACCAAGAUUCAGUUACAAAGGAGAGAAUUUCUGGAGAAUCAUCAUCUCAUGGAGAAAUUAUGAGAAGACUGACCAAAAGUGGACCCCCUUCUUCAGAUGCUUGGAUGAGUGAUGAUUGGCUAUACAGGAGCCAGGAACACUGGGACAUAAAUUUGCCAGAAGAAGCUUUUGUUCACAAGACAGUCUGCACUGAGGAGGGAAACUUUGAAGGUAGUGAGAAUAAGAAAAGCUUAGAUGUUGAGUCAGUUAAUUCAAUUUUUGAUAUACAACAGGGAAUUUCUAUGAAAAAGGGGUUCUCAAAAUGUGAUAAGUUUAAAACUAACUUCAAAUUUAAUUUAGAUUCAGUAGGUAAGCAACAUUUAGAAUAUAAUAGAUGUGGAAAUGCCUUGAGCCUGAGUAUAGACAUUCAGCACCCAGAAAGUCAUACCUUAGUGAAUUCCUAUGAAUGCUAUCAAUGUGGGAAAGCCUUCAGCCGGAGUUCAUCCGUCAUUCGACAUCAGAUCAUUCACACAGGAGAGAAACCCUAUAAAUGUAGUGAGUGUGGGAGAUUCUUCAACAGACGUACAAAUCUUACUAAGCAUCAAAAAAUUCAUACUGAAGCAAAGGUCUGUGAAGGCAAUAAAUGUGGAAAAGCUUUCAGUGAGAGUAAAAAUAGUAAUAAAAAUUCAAGACUUUAUUCUGGAGAUAAUCCCUACGAAUGUGUUAACUGUGGAAAAUCCUUCAGCCGGAGCUCCUCCCUUAUUCGACAUCAAAUGAUUCAUACAGGAGAGAAACCAUUCAAAUGUAAGGAAUGUGAGAAGACCUUCAAUAGGAGUUCAAACCUUAAAAAACACCAAAAACUUCAUACUCAAGAGAAGGAAGAAACCCAGGAUUACCUACAUCAAUGAAUUUAUACUGGAGGGAAUCCUGUGAAUGUAGUAAAUGCAAUAAAACGUUUGUCAGGGAUUAUUCUUUAAUUGAUAUGACAGAACUAUAUUAGAGGGAAAUAUUUUAUUGGGCAUAUAUCUGUCUGAGCUUUUCCAGUCUCCCAAAGGAAGCCACAGGGGUAUGGAGUUUAAAUAUAUCACCAUAAAGUCUUUGCCUAUCAUGAUUUUGAUAUCAUGGCCAUCAUCAUUUCUACUUCAUAAAUGGGACCUAUGGCUUCCAUAUAUUCACCUAAUUUAUUGAAGUAGGGAGGAGCCAAGCAAUACCCUUAGAGUUGAUAUUUAAUAAAACUCAAACUUUCAGUCCUUAUGAGAAGGUCAUGAGAAACCACGAGCUCACAAGAAUAUCGGAAGACUACUAACGAAGAACUGAACUCUGAAUGACAGAGACCACAGUGACAGCAAAUUACUCCAUUCUUGAUAAUAUCCUUGGCUGUCCUGGUGCUGAGUGGGACCUAGAAUUGGUGGAGGGUUAUCAACUGCCAUGGGAAGUAGAGUAACAAAUCUACAUGUAGUCUUCAAGUCUGCAUUUUUAAAAGUACUCUUUGGGAUAUAGGCUAGAGAGACAUCCAUAACCUUGGGUCUAUCAUUUAUUCCAAACAUUAAGAGGUCAGUAAGGUGUGUUAAUGCUCUGUAUUAAAUAAUACUCUGUAUACUAGAACUUCCUCUAUCUUCUGUAAGCUACUUCAGGAUCCCAAACAGUGUUCAGCCAAGAGGCUUAUCUUAAUCUGCCUCAAAAUGUUCAUAUUGGAGACAUUCCCAAUGAAUGAAUGGUGGCUUGUUAAAACUCAUAUCUUAUUCAAAAACAGAAAAGGUAUACUGGAGUGUGAACACUUAUGAUGAGUUAAUGUGGAAAUUAUUCUGUGUUCACUUGUUUUAUGAUUUCAGGUCUUCAAUCCCUUUUUUAUUUGUGUAUGUGUAUGGUUUAAGAUAGUGGUCCAUUUUCUUUUUUGCAUGUGGCUGUCCAGUUUUCCUAAUAUUGGUUAUUGAAGAGACUGUCCUUUCCCCAUUGUAUAUUCUUGGUUCCUUUGUGGUAAAUUAAUUGACCAUACAUAUGUGUGGGUUUAUUUCUAGGCACGCUGUUCUCUUCCAUUGAUCUGUGUGUCUGUGUUUAUGCCAGUACCAUACUGUUUUGGUUACUAUAGCUUCAUAAUAUAGUUUGAAAUUAGGAAGUGUGA